AUGGAUAAUGGAAGAAGUCCACUCUGGAUCAUGCGGAAACAAUUCGAGAACUUCGCCAAAAAUGCAAAAAAUGCACGAUGGAUAAUGGAAGAAGUCCACUACUAUCCAUCAACCGGCAGAUGUUCUCCCAUCGAUCUCGGCACCAUAUCCAUUCAUGCGAUGGUCGAUGGACAUAGUCGGACCCAUGCACAGGUCAAAGCAAAAAUGAUUCUUGUUAAGUUUAACGGAUUUUUCUCAAAAUGGGUCGAAGCCGAUUCCUACGGAAGCAUCAAAGAUGCCCAAGUCGAAAGUUUUGUGUGGAGAAACAUUGUCUGCAGACACGGUGUCCCGUACGAAAUCGUAAUGGACAAUGGAUCCCAAUUUAUUUCGACCAGAUUCGAGGCCUUCUGCGAAAAAUGGAAGAUACGAUUGACCAAAUCAACUCCUAGAUACCCACAAUGCAACGGCCAGGCAGAAACAAUUAACAAGACCAUCCUUGAUUGGAUUAAGAAACGAUUGGACGCUAAAAAGGGUAGAUGGGCCGAAGAACUCGAAGGAGUCUUGUGGUCACAUCGCACGACUCCGAGAUGCGCCACGGGAGAAACUCCAUUCCCUCUCGUUUAUGGAAGCGAAUGUAUGAUCCUAGCAGAAGUCGAAUUCCUCGGAGUACGCAGAAGAUUACUCCCAGAACGAGAAGAUUCAAACAAUCUAAUGUUGCUGGAUGAGCUCGAUCUCAUCAAAGAAUGA